GUUAACCUCUCGUAAAUCAACCACCUUUUUCACUCUUCCCUCUCAAAGACAUUUUCCUCCUCCAAAUCACCACCCAUUUACUUCUUCAAGCUUAGUUCCUCUCAAGAGAUUCACCCCGUUUGAUAGUGCUCAAAAACUAGCUUUAAAUUAGUAUUUUGAGUUCUUGAUUCUUGAAUCUCUGCCUUUCUGAUCUUGUUUUGACUUUCUUGAUGGGAAACUACGUUUCUUGCACACUGUCAAACCCACAAGUGCUCAAAAACUCGUCAAAAUCAACAAGAGUGAUCCUCCCAACAGGAGAAAUCAAGAAAAUCCAGCAACGCACAAAAGCAGCGGAGCUAAUGUUGGAAGCACCGAACUUCUUCAUCGCUAACACCAAGUCUCUGAAAAUAGGCAGAAGGUUUUGUCCUCUAAAUGCAGAUGACGAGCUUGGAAAGGCCAGCGUCUAUGUCAUGUUCCCAAUGCAUAAAAAGAACUCCGUAGUCACUGCUGGUGACAUGGGUGCUUUAUUUAUCACUGCCAACUCGGUUAUGAAAAGGGCUUUUAAAGGGAACAUUAGGGUCUUGCCUGAAUCUACAGUGGAGAUUUCACAAAAUAUGGAAAGAAAUGAUGUUGAUGCAACGCCAAGGUUGAGUUUGGAGGGAAUUGAAGAGGUUUCUUCUCCUUACUCUACCCAUAGGAUGUCAAUGUCAAGGUCAAAGAAGCCAUUGUUGGAGACCAUAGAGGAAGAGCCAAUUUGUUCAAAGUGAUGUGCAAUUGGUUUUUUUUUUUUUUUUUUUGAGGCCAAAGGUUUUUAAAUUUGGUGGAUAUGUAGGAUUUGGGGGUGUGUGUUUUUUUUUCCGGAAAAUAAUAUAUUGUCAAGAUUUUAGGAAGGAAAGGAUAUAUCUAAUGUUCAUUCAAAAUAUAGAAGAAGAAAUUUAGAUUAUGGGUUUUGAUAA